AUGUCAAGCAACGCUUUACGACAGUGGCUGAAAGUCGCUAGAAAGCAAGUCAAACAACUGCGCCAAACGCUGGAUGAGGAGCUGCAAAAUGUACUGGAGAGAAACAUACCCAGACCUCAAAAGGCUCUUGUGAGAGUCCCCGUUCCAGUCAAGCCUAGCGUUCCGUUUGGUAAAGGUUCCCGCUUCUUGCAUACAAGUGUACCUAGCAAUGCACAAGGUGGCCGAGUGGGUCAAAAGGCGUGUGUCGAUUCAACACCCAGGUUUGGCUCCCAUGGCAAAAGGGGCGUCUUCGCAAACUUCAAUGGCACCUACAGGGCCCCCAGAGGAGCCCCUCGUGGUCUGUAUACCAACUGGAAUAUGAGCACAAUGAGGUUUGCUCCAGGACGCUCGUAUUCGACUUCAGCCAUCAAAAUUACUCACGAUGCGGCCCAAAACCUGUCCAUCUCCCUGCGGUGUUUUUUCAAUCUUUGGGAGGGCUUUUCGCCCGUCAAUAUGCAAAAUGAAACCAACAAACUGGCUUUGCGUGAAUCUAGUGUUGGUAAGAAGCCCUUGGGUGGCCAAGAAAUAUCGAUGAUUCGUGCUAUGGAGGUGUGUCGUAUGAUCCAAGCCCACAGAAAUGAGCUGGUAUUUGACGGAGAAAACGAAACUGAAUCUUUGGGUUGCGUCAUCGACUUCCAACUUCCACGUCUCGAGGUCUCCAAGAUGCCCACUGUUGUGUUUGCAAGUGACGAAGCGCUCGACAAAUGGCGCCAAGAGCUUACUGCAUGCACCACGCAGAUGCGAAAAAUCGAGGAAAGUGUGCGUACCAUUUACGAGAACUACGGGGCUUUACCUUUGGAGUUUGGUGAAUCCUACGUUCGAGUCCGGUUCCCGAACCUUACGACGAAAGAGGCGGAGCUUCUGAUGCGAGAUCUGGGGCUGACUUUGGGGCUCGUGCUUCCGGAACACUCGUACGCUACGCACAGCACACGCCAGCAACAAGCAUGGCCCGACCCCUUGGAUGAGUUGAGUGUCCAUGGCUGUCGUUCAACUUCAGAUUUUGAUUCUAUUCUGUCGUCGUCUUCGCCAUCAGAAUCAGGUUUUUCCGGGUUUUCAGUAUUAUCGUCUCAGGCUUGA